CCCACUCGCCUCGCCUGCCGACAAUCCGACAUCCGUUAAAUUUCAAAUGAAACAGCAUACACGCCGUCAAGCAAGGUUUUCUCCUAAUCCUCGAAGAGUGAGUCGCGAUUCGAGCGAGGUUUUCCUUGAAUUUAGUAAUCCGUAAAGCGGGUAUCUGUGCCUAGUUGUAAGUGAAUAAUAAUGGCGCGCAACAAUAUCUACUAUUCGGACAAAUAUUACGACGACAAAUACGAAUACAGACACGUCGUCCUGUCCAAGGAGCUCGUGAAAUUGGUGCCAAGGACCCAUCUCAUGUCCGAGCAGGAGUGGAGGGCCAUUGGAGUCCAGCAGAGCCAGGGCUGGGUGCAUUACAUGACUCAUCAACCUGAGCCACACAUCCUGUUAUUCAAAAGAAAAAUAACUUCACCACCACCGGAGCAGUAAUCCGAUCGAAUUCAGUGUGCCGAGCUGAGCUUGAUGUAUGGAAACGGGAUCAUUGUUGUUGUUCAAAAUAGCUUACUUCCAGUGAAUUCAUAGAUGGCAUCUACUUCAACUGCACAUUGCGAAUAAAGAUGCGCAGAAGCACGCUACUGACAUUGAUAACGAUGAGAAAAUAUUCAAACAAAAAAGAAUCGGAAAAAAAAUGCAAAAAAAAAAUAUUAUGUCUAAAAAUAUCAAUGAACGAAAGUAAACGAACGGCAAGUUUCGAAGUGUACUUCUAGGAUCCCCCCCUCAACUUGCAAAGAACUGCGUCAAUAACAAUCCUCGCAACCAAGCUCUUCUUACUCUUUUAUUUUACUUCUAUGUAAUUCUGUCAUUCCUUGCAAUGACAAAAGAAGUAUAUUGUAAAUAUGUCUAUAGUGUGUUCUAGUUUGUAAUUCUCCGUGCUCAGCAUUAACAUUUAACUGAUAUGAAAGCUAAGAACAAACGAGGAAAAGAAGAAGAAAAAUGUAACGAAAAAAGAAAACAUCAACU